UAGUGACUUUGUGCAAAACUUAGUUUACCUCGUUUGUAUUUAGUUUACCAUGUGAAUUUUUGGUGAACAAAAGACGUUUGCAAAAAUAGAAAAUAUAAUAAUGAAUAACUAAUAAAUUGAACGCAAGUGUAUUUUUAUAUGAAUUCGUCAACACAUCAUAACCAUGACUUUUAGAGGAACGUCUUUGAUACAAAAAGCAUUAUUAAAUUCUUUAUCAGAUGACAUUGAAUAUUCUAUUUCACAGAAUGAUGAUACACAGGCAAAUACCAUAAGCUUGAAUGGCUUACAAUUAAAUGCUGAACAAGCACUGCAAUUGGGAUUGAAACUUUUUGAAAAUGGAUCAGAAAGCUUUACUAAUUCAUCUUCAAUGCAAGACCAUGUACUUAAAUCUACACAAACAAUAUCUUCAGUUGGUAGUGAUAUCAUUAGUACAGAAAACUUAAAUAACGUUCCUGCUAAGUCUAAUUCAAAUAUCAUAUCGUUUGUUCUUAAGCCAGCUGAAAAUAAUUCUAGUCUUUUAAAUCGAACCACACAAAUUAAACCAAAGCCUUGCAAUAAUAUUGAUGAUAUAAAUGAAUUGCUAUCAUUUAAUGACGAUGAUGAAGGUACUACAUACUUACAAAAUAGUUUAAUUAAUAUAAAGGAUAAUAACCAAGUGAAUAAAAAUAUUAUAAGUACUCAAAUUACACAAAGUGUACAAUGUACUAGUACGUCACAACCUAUAAAGUAUACUUUAGCACCAAAUGCUUCAAAAAACGUGUCUGUAAUUAGUCAACCAAUAAAACCAAAUAUUAUAGUAAAUUCUAAUCAUGCAAUCGCUUUACCUGGUCAAUCCUUGAUUAAAAAUAGUUCAUUAAACAGUAAAUCAACAGAGAAACUUGAUACAUUGAAAUCAAUUAGUGCUAAGGCCCCUGUAAUAAUAAAUCCAGCUAAAAGGCCCAUUAAUAUUAGGUCUAUCUUAGUAAAUCCAAAUGGUGCAUUGACGACAAAUGCAAAUGCACAAACACAACUUCAACCUUCUGCAAUAAAUUCUUUGUUAAAUAAUCAAAAUGCAAAAACACAAAGUUUUUUAAGUGAUAAGACAGCAUCUCUCAUAAAAUCUAAUUCAAAGGCCAUACCUAAAUUAAUAAAAAUAAAUAGCACAAAAACUUCUAAUAUAGAUUCAACAUACAAAGUUGAAUAUAGAUUGGAUUUAGAUAGCAAUUCUGUAACAAGUAAUAAUGGAAUGAAUGUAAAUAACACCAAAACGACCAGUAAAGAUUUACCAACAUAUAAAAUAGAGUAUAUAUUAGAUCCACAAAACAAUAGUGCAACAGGUAAUAAUGGAAUGAAAAGUGUAUAUGCUGGUAAUGUAUUCAAUGAUAAAAAUGUAGAAAAUGAUACUCAUUCAGACAAAAGUGUGCGUAUUGAUAUAAAUCUUUUGAAUAAAACUGUUCCUUCGAACUCAAAACUGGAAGAUAGUAUAGUGCCUCUUACAAAUAGAAACAAAACUAAUAUUGAUUCUGAUGCAAGUGUUUUAAAGAAAGCUAUGCAAAAGUUUACUGUAGACACAAAUAAACCUUUAGGAUCAACUGAAAAUCCUAUUAAAUUAUUACAGAAAGGACAAACAUUUCAAAGUCUGCAUUCAUUGAACGAAAGUCAGUUGCAACAGAUAGCUGGCGUUUUGAAGCAAAGACCACCCCACCAACAAUGUGGGGACAGGGAACCUCAUAAAGUAGUACUUUAUGAUUCUGAAACUCGUACGAGAAUUAUUUAUCGCAUUGUAUAUCCAGAUGAAUUGAACUUGAAACCUGCAGAUCCAGAUAGUGAUACUAAUAAUCUUGGCAAAGAAAAACGAAAAAGAAAAGCUAAACUAAGUCAAGAUACAACAGCAGAUUCACCUGAGAGUGUGCUAAAAGAUAAUCAGUUACCUAGAACUAGAACUGGGAGAGUAAUUCGGCCGCCAAACAGAAUGUUACAUGAUUUCAAGAAACUUAAAAGAACGGGAGAUGACAGUGAUAAAGAUGAAUGGGUGGAUGCAGAAGAAAUACAAGAAUCAGUGCUCAAAUCUAAUAAUUUAAAUAAUAUUCCACAAUCUGAACUUACAAGAUCAAAGACAGUUACAUGUAAUGAAUCAUUACCAAAUAGUGAUACAACUGACACAGUUGUAGCUAAUGGAACUGUUGGUGCAAAUGAAACGGAUGCCCAUUUGACAAAAAGUUGUGUGGCGACAGAAGAUGUUACACAAAAUUCAGAGAACACAUUUCUUAAUGAUUUGCCAAAAAGAGCAAAAGCAAUCAAUAGCAAGUUUAGAUGCCCCACAUGUAAUAAGUUCUACUUGGGAUAUGGUAAAAUGUCCAAGCAUCUUGAGAUGUAUCCGGACCAUGGCUGUAUUGAUGACUUAGGCAUUGAACCAAAGGCUGCAAAUGUUCCAAAAUAUAAAGCUAGAAGGAAGCAGAGAAGAUUUACCCAUUCAAAAUCAAAGCCGAAUCAUUCAGCAAGUAGCAACAGUGAUAUUUUUGACUCUGUUAGUGAUAACUCUGACAAAGACAAUACAGAUUUAUUUAGUGGUUUGAUAACAAAAGUUAUGGCCAAAGAUAAUGGCAUUGAAAGAUGGCAAAUCAUAAAUGACGAAUUGAAAAAUUUUAUAGAAAAGGUUGAACAUUUUAUUAAGGAUGGUGUAUUAAAAGACUUUGCAAAUGAUGCCGUAGAAGUGCCUCAUGGAAAGGAGGGAAAUAUGGUCAAUGUUAACGAAACCAUUUCCAGGCUAGUGGAUCUCAAGCCAGGUUGUUACAAAUUAAAGGAGUCAUUCAUGUCUUCCCACAAUAAUACCACAGAACAAAAAACUUCUAGUCCUAACACUAUAAAUAAACUUCUAGAAAAUACAAUAACAUCUAUGCAGGAAAACAAAUCCAAUUUAAGCAAUAAUUCAAUAGAUUUAGAUAUGUUAUGUUCUACCGAACCUGUUUUUGAAAAGGAUGAUCUAAUAAGCAAUAAAACUACAACUCUGCAAGAACAUAUGGAUAUGUUAAUAGAAAACGAUCAGACAUUAUCUCAACCUGGACAUAUUGGCACAAAUGGUAUAACUUUAACUACCAGUACCCCGAACUUAGUAAAUGUAGCUGGAAAUUUGAAUGCAGUUCACAGCUUAGAAUCAUACCAAAAUGUGGAUGAUCUUGUACAAGAAAGUCUUAAGAAUUUAACUGCUGCUGAAAUUGCAUCAGUGCCUGCUUUAAGUGAACAUCCUGUAUCGCAUUCCACUUUACAAGAAUUAUCACUGGAUCUAUUUCAAUUCCAUCAUAGCUGAAACAUCUUCAAAUUAUUUAUCACAGAAAAGAAUAUGUAAAUUAGUUCAAAUAUCUAAAAAUUGUAUAAAAGAGAACGUAUAAUAUAUAGUAUUAUAAAUGCAA